CGCAGUAUUGAAGUGGCUGAAGGUAUUCAGUUGACACGUCUUAUUCGGAAACGUAAACGACAAAACAGAUGACGUUUCCACUUUACAUCCGUGCAGAGUUGUAAAGAUGGCGGAAGUAGAUGAAGCUAACAAACCUUUGUUUGCCGGUCUGUCAGAUGUCUCUAUAUCAGAUGACAUACCUGUGGAGGGGGACAUUUCCGUGCCUUUGGCUUCCCAUAGUGCAGAUGAUGAAUUUUCCACCCUGGAUGAACCGGUCAAAGACACCAUUUUGAGGGAUUUGAAAGCUGUGGGGAACAAGUUUGUUCAUGUCAUGUACCCCAAGAAGAGCUCAGCACUCCUCCGGGACUGGGACCUGUGGGGACCUUUGCUACUGUGCGUCACUCUUGCUUUGCUGUUGCAAGGAGGAUCAUCAGAUAGCAAAGGGGAUGAAGGACCCCAGUUUGCUGAGGUUUUUGUGAUAAUCUGGUUUGGUUCUGUUAUUAUCACACUGAACUCCAAACUUCUCGGAGGCACCAUAUCGUUCUUCCAGAGCCUCUGUGUGCUGGGCUACUGUAUCCUACCUCUGUGUGUGGCCAUGCUGGUGUGUCGACUGGUUCUGCUGCUCGUCUCUGCGACGACGGUCAGCUUCAUCAUCAGACUGCUUAUUGUGACUGCUUCCUUCGGCUGGUCAACCUUUGCUUCCACCGCCUUCUUGGCUGACAGCCAGCCCCCCAAUCGAAAAGCUCUGGUGGUGUAUCCCGUCUUCCUCUUCUACUUUGUGAUCGGCUGGAUGAUCCUGACGUUUUCGCCGUCUUCGUGAAGAAAAAGUGUGUGUGUUUGUGUGUGUGGACGGCCUACACACAGCAACAUGCUCAGUGUAUGCCUCUCUUCCUCUCUGGCCUAACCCCCCCACCACCCCACUCCUCUUCGCUGCACCCCAUUGGUCAGCGGGUGUGUUCCACUGAUCAUCGUUGGUCAGAGGUGAUUAGCGGGAGGAGCUUCGUGGACAAGGAAAGGAACAGCGAUGCCUGUUCCUUGCUCCAAUGAGGGAAUAUAGAGGCACAGGCCAUAGUAUCAGCUAGCUUUAUAGACGGUCUCACUUGAAUGUCAUUCCUACUUCUGUCUCCCUCCCUCCCUGAACUUUGCUCAAUUGCAGUCAUAGUUAUUACAGGAUGGGGAUGAACCCGGGGAAGUGAACACUGGUUUGUGUCUUUGAAGGGAUUUUUUUUGGCCCUGAUAUCUUUAUCCUUAUCUAAUCCUAUUAUGGGUUAUGUGACAGCACAUUUCUCUGAUGUGCAGAUUAAUCGCAGUUGCUUACUAAAUUUAUCUCAACUCGGGCGUGUGUGUGUGUGUGUGUGUGUGUGUGUGUGUGUGUGUGUGUGUGUGUGUGUGUGUGUGUGUGUGUGUGUGUGUGUGUGUGUGUGUGUGUGUGUGUGUGUGUGUGUGUGUGUGUGUGUGUGUGUGUGUGUGUGUGUGUGUGUGUGUGUGUGUGUGGUAAGCAUGCUGAUAUUCCUCCCCUGCAGUCCCUCUGAAGAAAGCGCCCCAGUGAGCUGUUCUCCUUGAGAUUUAUAAGAUGGACCAUCGAUGUGGAGGAUAGACAGACACACACACACACACACACACUGCACCUCAUAUUGUGCUUCAGCAUAGGUUAAACCACAUGGCCACCGCCAUCUCAUGUAUUGAUAUCAUUUGGGGGGUGUGUGUGUUUUGUUUGUGUGUGUACAAACUGUACCCUAAUAAGUGCCUCACUGUUGGUGUGAUUGUGUCAAGAGUGUUCUAUAAUGUAGAAUGUAUCUUGGUUAAAGAAUGACAGACACACACACACACACACACACACAUCUGAAACACCUCAUACUGUGCAUCACUCAGCCCAUCAUGUGCAUCCAUUCCUAUCAAGUUCAUUUGUUUUGUCUGUGUGUGUGUGGAUACAGUGGACCUUAUGUGGUGCCUCAUUGUGGGUGGUAUCCUGUGACACUACGUGUAAAAGGGUUUUUUAAUGGAAGGUUUAUUGAUUUUUUUUUUUUUUUUUUUAAUCAAAAAUGAAACUGAAAAUCAUAAUGGCUAACACAUUGGACUGUGUUGCUUGGCGGUCGUCAUGGUGAUCAACGUUUAACAUGUAGUAUUAACUUGUCUUUGGUGUUUGUUUCUUUUGCUACAUUUUCUCUUCAGUUUAGUUUAUGUCUGUUUAAGUUCAUAUUUAUUUCCACAUUUGUGCUCCGAGUUUGGACGAAUGUUUUCCAGAACUCUUACGCCUGAUCUGAUUUAAUUAAAAAUGUGAUAGGUUAAUUCCUCUCCAAGUUGCUGUCA